AAGGACCUACGAGCGCCUCGGAGUCUGUCCGGAGGCUUAAAAUCGCGGGGGCUCUUGGGUUGUGGGGGUUGUGGUGUGGGAGUGGGCCCCCCGUUCUCUGCGGGGCUCCCCUCUUUUUUCCUCCUCUUUGCAAAGCCCCGAAGGGACGCGGCGAAGGCGGCAGUCUGGCGAAGAGUCCCGGUGGGUUGAAACUGACUAGACCGCCGCUGCCGAGCGCCAAGCAACCGGGGCUGAAAUUCCGCAGCCCCCCGGCCUCCGCUUUCCCCCCGCCAGCUCUCCCUGCCUGGGGGGCCUCGCUCUUCCCGCCCGGCUGCGUGCAUGUCCCGAUGAGAGACCCAGCGUUCCCGGGCGCUGCGAUGGCUUACCACCCCUUCCACGCGCCCAGGCCAGCCGACUUUCCCAUGUCCGCCUUCCUCGCGGCCGCCCAGCCUUCUUUCUUCCCGGCGCUGGCUCUGCCCCCGGCCGCCCUGACCAAGCCUUUGCCGGAUCCCAGCCUGGCCGGAGCCGCCGCCGAGGCCGGCUUACACGCCUCCGCUCUCGGACAUCACCACCAGGCCGCCCAUCUGCGCUCGCUGAAGAGCUUGGAGCCGGAGGAGGAGGUCGAGGACGACCCCAAAGUCACGCUGGAAGCUAAAGAACUUUGGGACGAGUUUCACAAACUGGGGACCGAAAUGGUGAUCACUAAAUCGGGCAGGCGGAUGUUCCCCCCCUUUAAAGUGCGGGUGAGCGGCCUGGAUAAGAAAGCCAAGUACAUUUUGCUGAUGGAUAUUGUGGCUGCGGACGACUGUCGCUACAAGUUCCACAACUCGCGCUGGAUGGUGGCCGGGAAGGCCGACCCGGAGAUGCCGAAGAGGAUGUACAUCCACCCGGACAGUCCGGCGACGGGCGAGCAGUGGAUGGCCAAGCCGGUGGCGUUCCACAAGCUGAAGCUUACCAACAACAUCUCGGACAAGCAUGGCUUUACUAUCCUCAAUUCGAUGCAUAAGUACCAGCCGAGAUUCCACAUAGUCCGAGCGAACGACAUCCUCAAGUUACCGUACAGUACUUUCCGAACUUACGUGUUUCCCGAAACCGACUUCAUCGCGGUGACUGCAUAUCAAAAUGACAAGAUCACCCAGCUGAAGAUAGAUAACAACCCCUUUGCAAAAGGAUUUCGAGAUACGGGGAAUGGGCGGCGAGAGAAAAGGAAACAGCUUAGUCUCCCUUCCCUGCGGAUGUACGAGGAUCAGUGCAAGCAGGACAGAGAUGGGGGCGAAUCGGAUGCCUCGUCGUGUGAACCCGCCCCAGUUCGCGAGUCGCUUCACUCCCCUUUGGCAACAACCCCCAGCCCCUUGCGGGUCCACCGAAACAGCAGAGAAGACAAAGGCAGUGACCAAGAGCUGGAGAAGGGGUCGGGAGCGAAGCGGUCCAGCCCUGACCUGGGCCAGGGAUGCUCCCCGCACAACCCCAGCCCCUGCCUGCAGGGAGAGGAGCGGAGUAAAGAGCGAGGAGCCAGCAAAGUCAGCGAGGCCUCCAAGGAGAGUGGCGGGAGCGAGGGAGCCCUCUUUGCCCCGCUGGGCUUGGAGAAGGAGAAGAUGGAGGGCAGAAGGAAGGACUCUCUUCUGCAGCCGUCCCAGGAAGGAUCCAAAAAGGAGGCGCCUGGGGACUGUGCCCCGAUAGGGUGCAGCAGCAAGGAAGCCUUUGCCCCCCUGAUGGUGCAGACAGACAGCCCACCGCACUUGAACCCCGGCCACCUCCAAAGCCUGGCACUCUCAGGCCUCCACAGUCAACAGUUCUUCAACCCCCUGGGCGCGGGGCAGCCGUUCUUCCUGCACCCAGGACAGUUUGCAAUGGCUCCAGGAGCCUUUUCGGCCAUGGGGAUGGGACACUUGCUGGCUUCGGUAGCCGGUGGAGGGAGCCUGGAAAACGGGGGACUCUCUGCUCCUCAAGGGACAGCCGGCACCGCCACCCCCUUCCCCUUCCAUCUCUCCCAGCACAUGUUGGCUUCUCAGGGAAUCCCGCUGCCUACGUUUGGUGGACUCUUUCCUUACCCAUACACUUACAUGGCGGCUGCGGCUGCCGCGGCCUCUGCCAUGCCGGUGACCAGUGCCACCACCGCCAGCUCGCUCUCCCGGAACCCCUUCCUGAGCAGUGCUCGACCUCGCCCGCGCUUCAACCCCUACCAGAUCCCAGUUGCCAUUCCUCCCAGCACCAGCCUCCUGACCACCAGGAUGCCUGCCAGUCUGAACGCCAGCUCAGAAGGCUCCAAGCCUGGGAGCAGCCGGGAGUCCAGCCCUCUUUCAGAUCUCCCCGUCCCGAAAUCCAGCAACCAGCGGGCGUCUCUGUCCCCCAAAGCAUCCUUGAAGGAUUCCAUGAAUGAGCUCCAGAACAUCCAGAGACUGGUCAGCGGUUUGGAAACCCAAAGGGAAGUCUCUCCCGGCAGGAGUUCUCCCAAGUCGACGGUUCACGGAAGCAGUCAACCUCCGAGAGCCUAGGAGUCACUGGGAAGCAGAUGUGUACAGCACACAGUAUAAAUAUUUAUUUUUUAAGAAAAAGAGGAGAGGAAAUUAACAUGGGUCAGGGGAUCACAAGCAUCAGUAGCUCGGUGCCCUACUGAGAUGCACAGGUAGAGCCAAGGGCCUAGGAGAGGAGGCUACACAGGUGGGCAGGCAAAGCAUGCAGGAAGACAGUUGCUAACCCAGGUUUUCGAACUCCCGCUGUGAUCUCGACAGCUCACCGAUAUCUCUGUGUUUUCUGGCCCUGGAUCGAGCAGAAUAGGUCAGUUUUAAACCAAACGCAUCUCUAAAAUGGCCCUCAAAGAGGAAAGUGAUGUUCCAGGUCACUUCUAACUAUUUUUGGAAAAUCUCCUGGCACUUUUCUUCCUCGAAGAAUUGAAUUUUGAAACCCGGACAAUGCCUCGGGACUUUGUCCUCCAGUGCUAGGAUGAUGGGGAAGAAGAGAGCUUUUUAAAAAGCUACAGUUGUUAGCAAAUUGGGCAGGGGGCACCCAGUUUGGCUAGAGGAGGUCAGCAAAGUUUUCACAAGUGUUGUCCUUCAACUCACCAACUUUGGAAGGCCACCAAAAAAAAAAAAAAAAAAAGCAAAAUAAACAUGAACGUUCCUCCCCCCGCAACUUUCAGAGUUGGUACAAUCCAUGUGUGACUUUGGAACUUUCCCUUUUUGGACUUUCUCUCUGUGUAUCAGAAAAAAAAAUUAAAAAGGAAAAAAAAGAAAAAGAAACAUAAUAUUUAUGGAAUAAAAUGGUAAUUUCUGUAAAUAAGCUAUACGAAUUCCCCAAAUAUGCAAAAAUUGGUAUUAAUUUAUUUAGAGUUGUACAUUGGAGUGUACAUAAUUAGAGUUUAACUCAUGUUUGAUUGUUUUCUUUUUUCAUUUUAUGUGAACAUAUAUAUUGUAAAUGAAGACCUGUUUUCAGAGGUGCCGGGGGGGGUCAAAAACCAGGGAAGGUGUGGCUGGGGCUGUGCAAUCAAAGCUCCGCCCAGUUUUACAUGUGAUAUAAAAAGGGCGGGGCCUUGGUUGCACAGGUGCAGCAGCCAUCUUGACUUUUUUGACCUCCUGCAGACUCCCCUGCUUGUUGAAUUCUUUGUGAAUGGAAGAAACGUUGUUCUGUGUCUGAAAGAAGGAAAAAGUUUACCCCGUCUGUCUGAAGACAAUCGUACCACUGGCAUUAUUUUUAGAUCCCACGAAAAGGACUAGAAAACGAUCAAAUCCUUCAAAAGGAACUCAACAGGGAAAAUAUUACUUUCUCAUUAUAUAUAGUUCAAAGAACAACAAUGAAUGAGUGAAUGAUUUUUUUUUUUAAAAAAAAACUUUUA